UCGCCAAGUUCAACAAUCAUUAUGGAUGUGCCGAGAAAGGUUUCCUGCAGUCCACCCGGCUUGCAGUAUCUCGCGACCGUCGAUCAACUGCUGAUACACCAACAGGUUGAACUUGUGGAAGUGCUAACGGGUUUUGAAACGGCCAAUAAAUAUGCCAUCAAGAAUACCCUAGGUCAGCCAGUGUAUUGGGCAGCAGAGGGUUCCGGCUGUUGCGCUCGGAUCUGCUGUGGCUCAAGUCGUUCGUUUGACAUGAAACUUUUCGACAACUUUCGCAAUGAGAUAUUGCAUCUUUCGCGGCCAUUCCGUUGCGAGUCCUGUUGCUUCCCAUGUUGCUUGCAAGCAAUCGAGGUGGCUACUCCGCAGGGUACUCCCAUUGGUAUUGUCGAACAGGGCUGGUCCUUGUUGCGAUCCUGGUUCCGUAUUAGAAAUGCAGCAGGUGAUACGGUACUAACAAUCAAUGCACCAUUUUGCAAGUCCAAUUGUUUUGGCGAUGUGAAGUUUAAGAUUUCUUCCAGCAAAGGUUUUGAGGUAGGAGCAAUCCUCAAACAGUGGUCUGGAUUGGUACGUGAAAUGUAUACCAGUGCCGACCAUUAUAGUGUGGUUUUCCCCCAAAAUGUGAAUGUUGAAGUAAAGGCAAUUAUACUAGCUGCGGUGUUUUUGAUUGAUUACAUGUUUUUCGAGAAAUCUGGAGGAGUCGGAGAUGUGGCUAUAGGUUGCUGUGCCGCAUUGGAAAACUGUGUUAAUUGAAAACAUGUAAAAGUGGUUUGAAUCGUGUCAUAGAUAGACUUGCAAUGUAUAUACAAAUUAUACAGUUAUAAACAUUUCUGCAUUAACUAAUGCAUACCUAUCUUAUACAUUUAAACUUACUGGAGAAUUUUCAUGAAUACAAUAUACCAAACCACGUCUCAAGUGAC